CUGUAAAGUCAUCAUACAAUGGUUUUAUAUACAGUCAGUUCUCAAUGUAAUACUAUGUAUCACAUUAAUUUUUUUGUAUAAAUAAAAACAUCUUAUGUAACUUAUGUAAGACAUGUGCAUACACAACGCACAGAUUAAUCGGUGGAUAGCGUAGUUAACGUGCCUAGAUACGUUUGUGUGAACCCGUGUGUGUGCGCAAGCGCGCGCGCGCGUCGUCCUACCAUUUUCUGAUUCAUGCAGAAAGACCGAAUGUGGUUACCAUUAUUUUGUUGCCUGUGAUAGUACUAAAGGCAAUAUUUGUAAUAUAAUUAUUUUUAUAGGCCUAAUGGUAAAUAUUGAAAUGUCAACUGUAAAUGUGACUCAAGCCAUUAUUCAAAUAAAUACAUUUUAUAAUGUUGAGAUAAGUGACGUACGGUCGAGUAAUCACGCAGCAGGUGAACUGUACAGCAGGCAGGCUCUAAGCUAAGUUGCUUAAGCCCUAAAUAUAGUCCGAUUUUAGACAGAGAGAACACAAUGUGACAUCUCCAGCAUUUAUUCUUAAUUUUUGACAAAGCUAGGUCGGUUUUAGAUGAUUAUGUAUCAAAUUAUUACAUCUUGUCAAGUGAACUAUGUCGCUGUCAUCGCGCUGCUGGCUAUAAGCUUUUUUCUGCUGCGAAAAUGGAUAGCUGGUGGCGUCUGCAAAAGUCGUGCCCGUCUGGAUGGAAAGACAGUUGUGGUCACUGGUGCCAAUACUGGAAUUGGCAAGGAAACUGCAAGAGAAAUGGCUCGCAGAGGUGCUCGAGUAGUGAUGGCCUGCCGUGACAUCACUCGUGCUGAGAAUGCUGCUGAUUCUAUUCGUCGAUCCACAGGAAAUGGCAAUGUAGUUGUCAGACACUUAAAUCUGGCCUCUCUUUACUCCAUUCGAGAAUUUGCCAAAGAGUUCAUUGCCACAGAGGAGCGCCUGGACGUACUCAUCAACAAUGCAGGUGUGAUGAUGUGUCCCAAAUGGAUCACAGAGGAUGGCUUUGAGACACAGCUGGCUGUCAAUCACUUGGGACAUUUUCUUCUAACCAACCUACUAUUAGGAAUGCUAAAGAAAUCCUCCCCAAGUCGUGUUGUGAAUGUAUCCAGUAUUGCACAUGUUGGAGGAAAGAUUGAAUUUGAUGAUCUGUUUUACGACAAGUGCCCUUACAGUCCUUUGAUCAGCUAUAAACAGAGUAAGCUGGCCAAUGUGCUUUUCUCCAGAGAACUUGCACGACAAAUGAAAGGUACUGGAGUCUCAUCGUACAGCUUGCAUCCAGGAGUGAUUCGAACAGGUCUGGGUCGCCAUGUUGAGUCGUGGUGUCCAAUGCUGAAGACGAUACUGUCUCUGCCCUGCAUGCUGCUGAUGAAAACACCCUGGCAGGGUGCACAGACCUCCAUCUACUGUGCAGUCACAGAGGGCUUGGAGAGUAAAUCUGGCUGCUACUUCAGUGACUGUGCUGAAAAAGACCCUGCUCCAGAAGGUAAAGAUGAUUCAGUGGCAAGAAGGUUGUGGGAGGAGAGUGCUCGGCUGGUUGGACUAACUAACAAAUGACCAGCACUGAAACAACAUCCUGCACAAGUAGGGCUGUACUUUUCAUGAUUGCAGGUGCUCCCCCUAGCGGUGAUAACUGUAAACUAAGUGAGGUGGCAUAACCGGAAGUGAGCGGGACACUGGUUCCCU